AUGAACGCAUCCAAAAAUCACUUUCCUUUUCCAACAUCUGCCAUUUCAUUCAUUGUGUAUGUGGCAGCUGCGAGUGUAGUAUUCAUAAAUUUCUUGAAGUGAAAUUAAAAUCCACCUCAUAUUAUUUAUUCUUCAUGUAGAAUUUAAUGAAUUAACUCUGCGAUUUUAGAGGGUCGCAUUUAUUGCUUUUCGGUGUAGUUAAACCGAAGAGUCCCGUAACCAUGGCGCAAGUUUUACCCAUACGUUUCCAGGAACAUUUGCAGCUUACCAAUGUGGGCAUCAACUCAGCGUCCAUAUCCUUCAACACUCUCACCAUGGAGUCGGACAAGUUCAUUUGUGUCCGGGAGAAGGUGGGCGACACGGCCGAAGUGGUCAUCAUUGACAUGGCCGACCCCACCAACCCUAUUCGGCGACCCAUCAGUGCAGACUCUGCAAUCAUGAACCCAGCGAGCAAAGUGAUUGCACUUAAGGGCAAAGCUGGAGUAGAAGCCCAAAAAACGCUCCAAAUCUUUAACAUCGAGAUGAAGUCCAAGAUGAAGGCGCACACUAUGACGGAGGACGUGGUGUUCUGGAAGUGGAUCUCCCUGAACACCCUGGCGCUGGUCACCAAGAUGUCCGUGUACCACUGGUCCAUGGAGGGCGACUCCACGCCUGUCAAGAUGUUCGACCGUCAUUCAUCGCUCGCCGACUGCCAAAUUAUCAACUACAGGACCGAUCCGAAGCAGCAGUGGUUGUUGCUUGUUGGUAUCUCCGCCCAGCAAAACCGCGUGGUGGGAGCCAUGCAAUUGUACUCUGUAGAGAGGAAGUGUUCGCAGCCGAUCGAAGGCCACGCCGCCUCGUUCGCCACCUUCAAGGCUGAAGGCAACGCCGAGCCGUCGACUCUCUUCUGCUUCGCCGUGAGGACGGCACAGGGCGGCAAACUGCACAUCAUUGAGGUGGGUCAGACCCCCGCUGGCAACCAGCCGUUCCCCAAGAAGGCCGUGGACGUAUUCUUCCCGGCGGAGGCCCAGAAUGACUUCCCGGUCGCCAUGCAGGUGUCUCCGAAGUAUGACGUCAUCUACCUCAUCACGAAGUACGGCUACAUUCACAUGUACGACAUCGAGACAGGCACCUGCAUUUAUAUGAACAGGAUCUCUUCUGAUACCAUCUUUGUGACUGCGCCCCAUGAAGCUACGGGCGGGAUUAUUGGUGUAAACCGCAAAGGCCAAGUCCUCUCUGUGACUGUGGAGGAGGACUCAAUAGUUCCGUACAUCAACACGGUGCUUCAGAACCCAGAGCUGGCUCUGCGUCUCGCCGUGAGGAACAAUUUGGCCGGCGCUGAGGAGUUGUUCGUACGGAAGUUCAAUAUGCUGUUCACUAAUGGCCAGUAUGGGGAAGCUGCUAAGGUAGCGGCGAUGGCCCCCCGCGGCAUCCUGCGCACGCCGCAGACCAUCCAGCGCUUCCAGCAGGUGCCGACGCAGCCCGGGCAGACCUCGCCGCUGCUGCAGUACUUCGGCAUCCUGCUGGACCAGGCGCAGCUCAACAAGUUCGAGUCGCUGGAGCUGUGCCGGCCUGUCUUGCUGCAGGGCCGCAAGCAACUGCUAGAGAAGUGGCUUAAAGAAGAGAAACUGGAAUGUUCGGAAGAGUUGGGCGAUCUCGUGAAGCAAGUGGACCCCACUUUGGCCCUGUCGGUGUAUCUGAGGGCUAAUGUGGCCAGCAAGGUCAUACAGUGCUUCGCUGAGACUGGCCAGUUCCAAAAGAUCGUGCUCUAUGCUAAGAAGGUGGGCUACACUCCUGACUACAUCUUCCUACUGCGCUCUGUGAUGCGAACGAACCCAGAGCAAGGCGCGGGCUUCGCCGGCAUGCUCGUGGCGGAAGAUCCACCGCUGGCCGACAUCAAUCAGAUUGUCGACGUGUUCAUGGAACAGAAUAUGGUGCAGCAAUGUACUGCGUUCUUGUUGGACGCGUUGAAGAACAAUAGGCCUGAGGAGGGACCUUUGCAGACUAGACUGCUGGAGAUGAACCUGAUGUCCGCGCCGCAAGUGGCGGACGCAAUCCUCGGCAACGCGAUGUUCACCCACUACGACCGCGCGCACGUGGCGCAGCUCUGCGAGAAGGCGGGCCUGCUGCAGCGCGCGCUGGAGCACUACACCGACCUCUACGACAUCAAGCGGGCUGUGGUCCACACACACUUACUAUCCGCUGAUUGGUUGGUGACAUACUUCGGCAGUCUCUCCGUUGAAGACUCAUUGGAAUGCCUGAAGGCCAUGCUCCAAGCGAACAUUCGUCAAAACCUCCAGAUCUGCGUACAAAUCGCUACCAAAUAUCAUGAACAGCUGACCACUAAGGCUUUAAUCGAGUUGUUUGAGAGCUUCAAGACGUAUGAGGGAUUGUUCUAUUUCCUCGGCUCGAUUGUUAACUUCAGCCAGGAUCCUGAAGUGCAUUUUAAAUAUAUUCAAGCGGCAUGCAAAACCGGUCAAAUCAAGGAAGUGGAGCGCAUCUGCCGGGAAUCGAACUGCUACAACGCUGAACGCGUGAAGAACUUCCUGAAGGAGGCGAAGCUGCCCGACCAGCUGCCCUUGAUCAUCGUCUGCGACCGGUUCGACUUCGUCCACGAUUUGGUGUUGUAUCUGUAUAGAAACAGCCUGCAGAAGUAUAUCGAGAUUUAUGUGCAGAAGGUAAACCCAUCACGUCUGCCCGUGGUCGUCGGUGGACUUUUAGACGUGGACUGCGCUGAAGACAUCAUAAAGAACCUAAUUCUCGUAGUCCGUGGUCAGUUCUCCACUGAUGAGCUGGUCGCUGAAGUUGAGAAGAGGAAUAGAUUGAAACUCCUCCUGCCUUGGUUGGAGACUCGCGUGCACGAAGGCUGCAACGAGCCGGCUACUCACAACGCCCUCGCGAAAAUAUACAUCGACUCCAACAACAACCCCGAGAGGUUCCUCAAGGAGAACCAGUGGUAUGACUCGCGUGUUGUCGGUCGUUAUUGUGAGAAACGCGAUCCACACCUCGCGUGCGUCGCUUACGAGCGAGGGCAAUGCGACCGCGAGCUGAUCGCCGUCUGCAACGACAACUCCUUGUUCAAGACUCAGGCGAGGUACCUCGUGAGGCGCAGAGACCAGGAUCUGUGGCUCGAAGUGCUCUCAGAGUCCAAUCCGUACAAGAGGCAGCUCAUCGAUCAGGUGGUACAAACUGCUCUAUCCGAGACCCAAGACCCUGAAGACAUCUCUGCCACGGUAAAAGCGUUCAUGACAGCAGACCUCCCCAAUGAACUGAUAGAGUUGCUGGAGAAGAUUGUUCUGGAUAACUCUGUGUUCUCUGACCACAGGAACUUGCAGAACUUGCUUAUUCUCACUGCUAUCAAGGCGGACCGCACCCGGGUCAUGGAGUACAUCAACCGCUUGGACAACUACGACGCCCCCGACAUAGCCAACAUCGCGAUCAACAAUGAAUUGUACGAAGAGGCCUUUGCCAUCUUCAAGAAGUUUGACGUCAACACCUCGGCCAUUCAGGUGUUGAUAGAGCAAGUGAAAGACCUAGAGCGCGCGUACGAGUUCGCCGAGCGGUGCAACGAGCCCGGGGUCUGGUCCCAGCUGGCCAAGGCUCAGUUACAGCAGGGUCUCGUGAAGGAGGCCAUAGACUCUUACAUCAAGGCUGAUGACCCCUCGGCUUACAUGGACGUGGUCGCGACUGCCACUCGUGAGCAGUCUUGGGAAGAUCUUGUGCGGUAUCUACAGAUGGCCCGCAAGAAGGCGCGAGAAUCUUACAUUGAAUCCGAGCUCAUAUACGCUUACGCUCGCACCGGCCGCUUAGCCGACUUGGAAGAGUUCAUAUCUGGGCCUAACCAUGCGGAUAUACAAAAGAUUGGAGACCGCUGCUUCGAUGACAAAAUGUACAACGCCGCUAAACUGCUGUACAAUAAUGUCAGCAACUUCGCCAGACUUGCUAUUACGUUGGUGCAUUUGAAGGAGUUCCAGGGAGCGGUGGACAGCGCUCGCAAAGCAAACUCUACUCGCACGUGGAAGGAGGUUUGCUUCGCGUGCGUCGACGCCGGAGAGUUCCGGCUGGCGCAGAUGUGCGGCCUACACAUUGUUGUGCACGCCGACGAGCUGGAGGACCUCAUCAACUACUACCAGGACCGUGGCCACUUCGACGAGUUGAUCAGCCUCUUGGAAGCAGCUUUGGGUCUGGAGAGAGCCCAUAUGGGCAUGUUCACGGAGCUUGCCAUCCUCUACUCCAAGUACAAGCCGGCCAAGAUGCGAGAGCACCUGGAACUCUUCUGGUCCAGGGUCAACAUACCUAAGGUCCUGAGGGCAGCUGAACACGCCCAUCUCUGGUCAGAGUUAGUAUUCCUCUACGACAAGUAUGAAGAGUAUGAUAACGCGGCGCUCACCAUGAUGCAGCACCCCACCGAGGCGUGGCGCGAGGGUCACUUCAAGGACAUCAUCACCAAGGUGGCGAACAUGGAGCUGUACUACAAAGCGAUCCAAUUUUACCUGGACUACAAGCCUCUGCUCCUAAACGACUUACUCCUUGUCCUGGCUCCUCGCAUGGACCACACAAGGGCAGUGACCUUCUUCACCAAGGCUGGCCACCUUCAAUUGGUGAAGGCCUACCUCAGAUCUGUGCAGAGCCUGAACAACAAGGCAGUGAAUGAAGCCCUCAACUCGCUGCUUAUUGAUGAGGAAGACUACCAGGGUCUACGGACGUCUAUAGACGCGUUCGACAACUUCGACACGAUUGCGCUCGCGCAACAGCUGGAGAAACACGAGCUCACGGAGUUCAGAAGGAUCGCCGCCUACCUUUACAAAGGCAACAACAGAUGGAAACAGAGCGUUGAGUUAUGCAAGAAGGAUGCGCUGUACGCGGACGCUAUGGAGUACGCCGCGGAAUCCCGCCAGCCCGAAGUUGCGGAGGAACUCUUGAACUGGUUCCUUGAAAGAGACAACUAUGAGUGCUUCUCCGCUUGUCUGUACCAGUGUUACGACCUGUUGAAACCUGACGUGGUCAUCGAACUAGCGUGGAGACACAACAUCAUGGAUUUCGCCAUGCCAUUCCUUAUUCAGACCGUUCGGGAGUUGACGACGAAAGUGGAGAAAUUAGAGGAAGCCGAUGCCAAGCGUAGUACGGAGAGUGCCGAGCAUGAAGCCAAGCCCGCCAUGAUCAUGGAACCGCAGCUUAUGCUCACAGCAGGUCCCUCGAUGGCGUACCCGGGCGUAGCGGCGCAGGCGUCCCCGUACGCGUACGCGGCGCAGGCCCCGUCGCCGGCGCCCUACCACGGCUACGGCAUGUAGGGCCGCGCCUCGCCCUGGCCGCGCGCCCCGUUCGGCUGCUGAGCCCUCACGACUAUAGUGAUUUACCUUCAUCUAGAUUGUGAACCAUUUCAUUGCGGAAGUGCUGUGUAGAAGUGGUGAUGUGCUUCAAAAUUGUGCAAGAAAAUAAAUAUUUUUGUGCGAAAUAUCUGUAAGGCUGGUUGGUCACUUUGUGUCGGUCAACUAAGAAUUUAAUGAUAGCUAUUUCUUGUGCACUUAACAUGUACAACUACGUACACAUGUAUGUCAUGGGGUAAAGAUGACCCAUUUUGGAAUUAUAAUGUACUAGAAGUUCAUGUAUUCUUGUAAUUAGAAAAAUAAUUUUCAAAAGUAACAAUCAAAUAUUCAUUUGAUUGAUUGUAAUGCUACUAAGAAAAUUCACAUUCAAAGUAUAAUAUAAUAAAGAAAAGAGUUAGCUAACAGUAUUUAGAAUAUCUUUAUUUGGAAGAUGAUUUUAUAACUAAUAUAUAAUGUUUGCAAAUUAGAGAAAAACAAAUAGUGAAUUAAAAAAGCUGCUUUCAUGUUAGAGUUUCUAGAUGAAUGGUAAAUCAAAAUUUCAGUGGUAUGAUGACACUCCACAGUCCUACGUGAGACUCAGUGCACUUGCGACCGGAUCACUCACUGUGUUUUAUAAGUGGACUGCUCUUAUGAUAGUUAAGUUUUCUACACUCUCGCCCGCCGAAGAGGCCUAAUUUUUCAUUUAAUUUUUAUUCUUAACCAAAAUUCGACUAUCAAGUAUUAUUAGGAUGUCGAAAGUGCACCGAGUAAUAUAGUUUUAGUUGGGCUGUUGUGUGGAGUUGGAAGAUUGUUAGCCUGUACAAAUUAUAUUAAUAUAUUGAUUGCUAUGUAGCUCUCAUGACUAAAGUGCUUUAUUUUUUAAAGGAAGUGAGAGCUAAUUAGUGAAUUGUUUGGCUUUACGACGGGUUCGACUUUACGUCCAAUGGUGUAUGCGGAACUAGCCACUAUACUUUAUGGUGCGAUCAGGUUACUCCUGUUAUAUGGUACCUAAAGAGGUAUACGCAUAUAUAUAAUGCAGCUCCCAUAGUGCUGUUUGACUCGUUUGCAAAAAGCACAUACAACCAGCUAUUGUGAAACAAAUAAAUACUAUAUUCUUGAAUCCCAUAAAACAAAUUUAUAUUGAUAAAAAUGUAUAAUAAAUUAUUGGAAUAUUUAGAAACUGCACUGUUCUUAGUUCUAUCAUCUUCUAAACAUCAGCGAUAAAGUUACGCAGUAACUUUUCGUGCUAAAUGCAUAUUAUACAUUCGUCAAUGUAGAUAAUUCAAUGUACAUCGCGAUACAGUCCACAUUUACUACAAUUAGGUAUUUGAUUUGAUUUAUAUUAUUAUUAUGGAAUUACUCAUAUUUUUUGUAAAAUAGAUUUUUGAAUUGGUUAUUUUUAUACAAAUUAUUAUGUAAUAUUAUGGUCCGAGACAAUUUGACCGUGCAAUAGGCUUGCGCCGACGCAACACUGAUCACAUCUGUUAGCAUGUUCCUGAGGGCUCUGCGAAAGACAGGAGAUAGCUUUUUGCCUCAUAUGGUCAAUCUAUUAAAAGCAUUUAGUGCUAGUUUCUGUUAUAUCUCCCAUCAUUCGCCAAGUCUCUCAAGUACCUGCCGAAAAUAAAUUAUGUAGAAAUCAUAUCUAGAAGUUGACUUGUUAUUUAUAUGUAUAUAAUGGUAUGCGCGCCCAAUAGUGGGGGGCAAUCGGAAUUAAUUGAAAUUGAACACCCGAACACUCUUGGUUAUUUUUAAUGAUAAAUAUUUUCUAGAUACAUUUAGGUUUAGUUUAGGUGGAAUAGUUAGCGGUACGAUGUUAUUUUUGAGUAAUGAUCGCGUGCACGACUGUAACCACGCGUGAUGCUUUUCUUUGUUUAUCGUAUUAUCACAUUGAAUGAUGCCUUCACUAGAAUAUAAUAUAUGAGAGUAUGUACCCGCAAAUCUUACUGGGACAAUCGUAGCACAGUGAUGAGCAGGCGGAAAAACCUAGAUGGUAGACAGACCUGGAAAAUUACAGAGUAUGCAUAUUCUGUUUAAAAUGCCUAUACACGUCACUGUACUAUUAUGUUAAAAUACAUAAAUAAUUUCAACAAUACUGACGCCUUGCGCCCAAGUAACUUGAGACUCCAAGCAGCGUUGCAAAAUGCAAUAUUGCUAUUGAGAGUCAACUCGAGUCAUUGAUGUUAAAUUAUUCAUUCAAAUCAUUCCUAAUAUUAACAAAUUUAUGAUCGAUAACAUUGUUAUAGUUCAUUUCUUUCUUUGGUAUAAUAAAUUUAACAAAUUUAGCAGAAAGAGUUCAUUGUUUAUUAUUAGUAUUGUAUUUAUUCAUGUAUGAUACUGUUUCCCUGAAUUUUAUUAUAGUAAGAAUAUAUUAUAUGAAUAAAUAA